GUCACGUGGAUCCUGUUAGAAAAUUGAUCAACUAUUAUAUUCGCGCCUCUGGUGGAAAAGUCACCACGACGCCGACGAGGGCUUGAAGAAGCUGCAAACUGACGAGAAUGAGAUUCGUGUCAAGAUCAAGUGUAAAGCGAGGGGGAGCAUGAAGUAGCGGACCACGGUGUUUCGUUGACCCGAAGGGCUCUAAACCAGCGCGAGAAAGAGGGACGUACCAUACCAACAUGGAGAAAUACGGCGUGGAAUUCCCGAAGCACGAAUGGAGCCACAGACUCAGUCUUCGUGCCAGUCGAAGGAGCCAUCAGGGCGAGGUAGCUGGCAGGUCGGUAACCGGAUCCGUGAAAAGUACCAGAAGAUGGGCCAGCUUAAGACAACACGUGAGCAACAACGAUCGCGGCAAAGCCAGAGUCGAGUUGCUCCUGGAUCCUCCAGAGUCCUCGGCUCCUUCCUCUCAACCUCAUACACCGAAUACGCCACGUACCCCUCAUACCCCGCUGAGGAAGUCCAAUUGGGAGGUGAUCGAGCAUUUCACCGGUGCACCGCGUCCCUCCAUUAUCACGAUGAGCAGAGGCUCGGAAGUUGGGGUUGGUCUCGCAACAGGAAGGGAAACGACGCAAGAAGCCACCGUGAACACGUCGAUAACGCAACGACCGAGGAAAUGUGCUCUGUGCCGGUUUUUGAACUCGCUCUGCGCUUCGCACCGCUUCAAAAACUUGCAGGUGGAGAUGCUAUACCAACGUUACUUCCUACGAAUGAAUCAGAGCAACACGAUACACGUACUCGGCCUACUAGCUGGUCUGGCGCUAGCUUUGUGCCUGCUGUUAAUUUCGAGACUGAUUCUGGAGAACAAUGAGCAGUUUCUAGUCAUGCUCGAAAGACCUGAGAAUCUGUUCCUGGCUGUCACGAUAGUUAUCUCCAUAGCGGUUUAUGCUGUUUUGGUGGUGGCGAUAUCUAGACCAGGCAUGAACGAAAUUUGGCUGGCCGGUGUCAGCGGGAUCGUUCUGGUGACGUUACUGGCGCUUCAAGUAGCGCUCAACGUUCAUCUAGCUCUGGGUUCAAAGGAGCAUAGAAGCGGUGGUCCUCUCGCUGCUGCUUGGGCCGUUUGCUUCUUCAUUUACAUGGCCUACGCUCUACUACCAAUCCGACUGCGUCACGCCUGCAUAGCCGGCGUUGUUUUUUCACUGGCACAUCUUAUCGGCGCGUACACCCUCUACCCAUCGCAUUACCCGGCCAUGAUGGAACACUUGCUGAGUUCCAUCGUUGUGGUAGGUGGAACGAAUAUGGCGGGUGUGCUAACACAUCAUCCCCGUGAGCUGGCGCAAAGGCAAGCGUUUCUUGAAACCAGACAAUGCGUCGAGGCGCGGCUGACUACGCAGCGGGAAAAUCAACAACAGGAACGGCUUCUAUUGAGCGUGUUGCCGAGGCACGUAGCCAUGGAGAUGAAAGCCGUGAUCGCUGGAAAACCAAAGGAUACCAUGUUUCACAAAAUUUGCAUUCAAAGGCACGAGAAUGUCAGCAUCCUGUUUGCGGACAUUUGCGGAUUCACGUUGCUUUCGGAUCAAUGUACAGCCGAGGAGGUCGUCAGAUUGCUGAACAAGUUGUUUGCGUGGUUCGAUACGCUGGCCGCUGAACACCAUUGUCUCCGAAUCAAAUUGCUAGGGGAUUGUUACUAUUGCGUUUCUGGAUUGCCGGAGCCCAGGUCGGAUCACGCUCGUUGCUGCGUGGAAAUGGGCUUGGAUAUGAUCAGUGCUAUCACAUUGUACCGAGAGGUGGGUGCAGUGAACGUAAACAUGAGAGUGGGUAUUCACACUGGCAGAGUUCACUGCGGUGUACUCGGGCUCCGAAAAUGGCAGUUCGAUGUUUGGAGCAACGAUGUUACCCUGGCGAAUCACAUGGAAAGCGGCGGAAUACCGGGACGAGUUCACAUCACGAAAGAGACGUUGGAUUGCCUGGGCGGUUACUACGAGGUGGAGGAGGGAAACGGAGGCGAAAGGAACGCGUACCUCAAGGAGCACAAUAUCAAAACGUACCUGAUCGUCCCUGGGGACGCGUUUAAGGGCAGUAUACCCUCGUCGGGGCUGAGAAAGGGUUUACCAGCGAACGGGAACGUGUCCAAGGAGAUGAGGAUGAUGGGACACGGAUCGCAACACGGCAAACAAACCAAGCUUGGCUUCGGAGAAGCAACCGAGAGCAAAAAGGAUCCAGAAGACGAAGUGAACGAGUACUUGAUGCGUGCUAUAGACGCCAGGAGCAUAGAUAGGUUAAGGGCAGAAUAUUGUACGCCUUUUAUCCUAACAUUUCGCAUUUCCGACGUCGAGGAAAAGUAUUCCCGCGAAAGGGACAAAAUGCUAUCCGCAUACUUUGUGUGUUCCGGUUUCGUCUACAUGGUGGUCGUGAUUGCUAUAGUAAUCACUCUGUACGGGAGCAUAUACUUCUAUACGUGCAUAGCAGUGAGCACGCUGUUGAUCGGCUUGAUUAACGGGAUCUUGUUGGCGGAAAAAAAUCCGAAAGUACCAAAGUUUCUUCGAGAUACCGCGGUACACAUUUUCGAAAAUCGCGGUGUUGCGCAAGCACUGGCCACGUGCGUAGUGUUUUUGACUUUCAUCACAGCACUGAGCCCUCUGAUCACGCUGGAGGGUGUUCGUGUCUGCAGCAACGCUACAGUCAUCACAGAACGGCUCAACAAUUCCAGCAUAACGUUCCAGACCAUCGACACGCCUGACGAUGUUUGCUACUACACCGUCUUUGCUGACCUUUUCCCGGUGCUUGUGAUGCUGGUGAUGAUAACAUGCGCGGUAUAUCAGAUCCUGACAUCGGUGUUCAAAGUGGUGAUAUUGAGUAUGGUGGUGGCUUGCUACUUAGCUAUCAGUAUUUACGAGGCUCUGUACGAGAGGCAAGUUGAACUGACUGGAAGAUGGCUGUCUGGCGUUUUGGUAGUUUUCUUUAUGGCCUGCUUGGUCGCGCACUCGCAACACACUGAGGCAACUUACAGACUGGAUUUUUUGUGGAAGCUCCAAGCAACGGAGGAGAAGGAGGAAAUGGAGCACCUGAAGGCCUACAAUCAGAAGCUGUUGGCGAACAUACUUCCGGAGCAUGUGGCGGCACAUUUUUUAUCGACUGCCAAUUCAGACGAGCUGUACCACGAGCAGUGCGACUUUGUUUGCAUAAUGUUCGCCUCUAUACCGAACUUUUCCGAGUUUUACGUGGAACUCGAGGCGAAUAACGAAGGCAAGGAGUGUCUCAGGCUUCUCAACGAGAUUAUCGCCGAUUUCGACGAGUUGCUCGCCGAGGAGCAGUACAAGUACAUCGAGAAAAUCAAGAGCACAGGCGCCACAUAUAUGGCUGCAUCCGGUCUGACGAAGAGCACCUGCGACAUGAGAGAUUACAAGCACGUCACUGCUAUGACCGACUACGCACUUAGGAUACGCGAACAACUGGCUUUCAUUAAUGAACACAGCUUCAACAACUUCCGGUUACGUGUGGGCAUCAAUAUCGGACCGGUCGUUGCCGGAGUAAUAGGAGCUAGAAAGCCGCAGUACGACAUUUGGGGUAAUGCGGUUAACGUGGCCUCGAGAAUGGAGUCAACGGGAGUGUUGGACGCUAUUCAAGUUACCCAGGAGGUUCGUGAUAUUCUAGUCGUAAAGGGAUAUCCGUUAACCUGCCGUGGCAGCAUUCAGGUCAAAGGCAAGGGCAGUAUGGUGACGUACUUCCUGGACGGGCCUCGAGAUUCGUCGAAACUUGGAAGCAACCUCGAUGCAAAAACAAACUCUAACAAUAACGUCAACGUAAACAGGCCUGUAACCUCGAACAACAGUACCGUUUGAGGCGUGUCUCGAGAAAUUCGAGGAAUCGUGGCGCAAAAGGAAACGCGUACGUUCUCGUUUGAUCGUACGACACAAGCCUAACAGAAUUAUAUUUAUAUUACAAGAGAAACAAAGAAAUAUUGUCAUAUUUUUGAAAGCAGUCCCGAUUUCACA